AUGUCGGCUGAUUCGGUUGAUAAGAAGAUACUCCGAGACAAGCGGCUCCGUUCUCGUGGCCGUGCGAAGGUGUCAUUAGAUAAUCUUCAAUAUCACGGGAUCUCGUUGCGUGGCGGAGUUAAUGACAAGCAUGUUGACCGUCUGGUGGAGGUGUUUCACGUAGAGGGAUGUACUCGGCUUCACGACCCGAACCACUACGUCCCCGCGGUCAUCUCUCCCGAAGAUCUUCGUGAUGCCCUCGCCUACUCUCAAAUGCGGCUCCUAGACCUUAUGCAGGAUGGAGAACCACGGCCCCUCUACUUCCGCGGAGAUACUCGCAUUCGCGUGUUACAUGGCGAACAUCGGCUGCGGGCUGCCGAGCGAUUCCUUGACCCCACUGAACAAUGGUGGACGGUGGUCCUCUACACUACAGAGCUUCUAGAAACAACCCAACAAACCAUCCGCGAGGAAUAUUCACAUCAACUGGCAUUCACCGAUGGCGAUAUUUAUCGGAAAAUUAGGUGGUACGAGGGAACACGCAACUGUGCACAGGUGAAUAAGUGGAAAGCACGGCUGAGUACCGAGAAGGCCAAGAAUCUUUCUCGUCUGGGUAAGGAUUUGCAUAAGGGCCUGCAGUAUGCGUUCGACGAAAAUAUUCCGUUUGUGGGGCUGUGGGAUGGCUUCAUGCUCGGAUCACUCUCCCGACUACUGCGUAUCAAGUGCCCAGAGGUAUCGUCCUGCUGUCAUUAUGUUUGGCACAUUUUUGAGACGUGGAAAUCCAUUUGCCACGACCCGCAGCUGUUCAACCUUCUGGAUGGCAACACCGUGAAAGUAUUGGAAACGCUCACACCAGAUUCGACAUCAGACCGAGCCCUGAUUGAAGCCCUUGCAGCUAACGGUGAGAUAUUUUCUGCCGUUGACAGAUCGACUGUCUUGGAACAAAUUCUGCCUCGUAUACUUCAGGUGCGGGGCCGAAUUCCGUCCUUUUUCACCCUCUUCCAAGACGUGAUCUACCUGGAGGCAUGCGUGAAAUCACUGCGCCCUCUAUUGCCGAGCUCCAAGGUCUCCUUUCGGCAGUCAUUCUACCAUUGUUUCGUUGGCAAUGCGCAAACACAAGGUAUAAUCAAGAUCCAAACGGAGGAGGGUAAUUUUAGGCUUGUCCAAGGGCAGACCAGUCUGCGAAAGGAGCUUGGUUACCUCAUGCUGUUUCUCGCAGCUAUGCGAGAUUUCCCUGUGCUCAGCCAGACCGCCCCUCACCAAUCGCGCGGUGAGAAGCAGCCCUGUAAAGGAUCCCCGGAAGAACGCCAAUCCUCCUUGGCGUUGCUGGCUCUGGAUCUUGGGUUUCAUAGUCCCCAAAUCCAGGAAUUCGCGGAGAGAGAUUCUGACUAUACGGCCAUCAGAGCAUUAAUACAUCGGCUUCGUCCAGUAGAACACUAUGAUAUUGACAUCGAGAGGGCCGAAACCUGUGCAUGGCGACUGGUCGAAGAAAUUCGUUCCUUUUCAACCGCAAGGAGCAUACGCGGUAACCCUGAAUUCUCCGGUUACAGCGAGGUACCUAAAAAGCUGCGGUGCGGAUUACCUGAUAUUGUUAAUCAUAAAAAGGACCGAAGACACUUAUUUCUCGACAAUAUGUGUGGACAUUAUCCCCCUCCCCGGAACCACUUGACAUCACUAGGAUUUCAGCGUGACAUCUUUGUCUGUUUUUUU